UCACAAAGGCCACCAUUGAGAGCGGAGCGGCAGUCGGCCAUAAUAGGAGCCGGGGCCUGGCUUUUCUAUUGUGCUGUGUUUGUUUCUCACAGCUGAUGGUGGAGAGGGAAGGACUUCUUCUCUUUAUCACUGCAGUGAUUUACAGCGUCGGAUUCUCCCGUUAAAGCUUGUCAGCAUCUGCGGUAUCAACAAGAGGCCCCGAAAUAACCAGAGCAGAAACAGACCCAGAGACGGGGUCAGGAAGUACGUUCAGAGCGUCUCAAGAGUCUGUCUGCAGCAGGUGUCUCACUGCAUCCCUCCAACAACACUUCCACAUAAGACCAAGUCAAAGCACAAUGGAAGGAACCAGAACCUCCCUCUGGCUGUUUCUCCUGCUCAACCAGCUGCCGCUCUGUCCCACCGACGCAGGCCGAAACCUUUUGACUGUGCAGCCGUAUGAAACAGAAGAUCAGGGCGGCAACUCGACGCCUGCCGUGGAGCACAGCCUCACAACCACUGGCCGCACAAACUCACUUGACGCGGACACCGACGGUACCCGUGCAGACUGCUUGAUCGACACCGAGAUGGGUCUGAUCGCUCUGGGCUCAGCGGGGGGGUUGAUCGUCUGCCUGCUAGUUGCCACCGUGGUGCUGGCAUGUCAGGUCUGCCUCAUUCAGCGCCGGGUUUACGCCCCCCGAUCCUCCCGGUCCAACAUGGACUUGGUGAGCGGUACUGGGUACUGGGGCGUCGACCAGCAGGAGGCGGGAGGACUGGUUGGGCCGUGCGAUGCCAGCGUCAUGCUUGAGGAGGUGAGAGCCGACAGCGAGAUGGAGGACGAGAGGCAGGCUGAAAUACGAGAGGCGAGGGAGGAGGCCGGGGCAGGACUGGAGAGAGGGGCCACGGCGAUGUCUUUGGAAGAGAAGGUCGGUCAGAUGCAGAGCUCCAGCUCCAGAGACUCCUGUCUGGAGAUUCCCAGGGAUCUGGAGGAUAUGCCCCUUGUUGUGUGAGGAGGUAACCCCGCCUAGACCACCUCCAGUCCCAGACACUCCACUCCACUCACAAACCAGUCAGUUUAGCUAAUGUGUUUAACUUCUUCUAUUUAAGUUCUAUCCAGUUUAUUUCACCUCACAGAAUUUUACUGAAACAGCCACCUGGGCAUCGCUUGAAAUGUUGUCAACUGGUGCCGAUUAAAUACCAGAGUUACUGAACCCACACAAACAAGGAUAGUUCUUCAAAACCUUGCUUUGAGAAAUAUAAAUACAUAUAUUUAAGAAAACCUGUUUUCUUCACUCAAGAAGCCAAACUACUCAAAUAUUCUGGCAAAAUAAUACUUAUUAAAGUAAAAAAUACAUACUUUUAUCCAACUAUCAAGACGUGGAAAAGCUCUCAAAAAACACCUUUAAGGGUGAAAAACGGAAGAAACUUCAGAGAGAGAAACUGAGGAAGUAUUUAUAUUAUGAAAUACUUAAGUUGAAGUAAUGAGAAUAGUACUGCAGCAAAGAGGCAAACUUACUGUCAGACACAGAAACAAAGGUGUAAAGCGUGAAGGGUACGUUUCUCAACCUUUAAAGUUGAACCGUUAAACAUCUCAUGUGCUACAUAGUUCUACACACUUGCUGAGCAAAUUCUACAUUUACUUUAAAUCUGCUUGAUUUGGCUCAGUUUUAGAAAAUGAGCGGAAACAAUAAAUAAGUAGAUCAACAGACUUUUAGAGAAUCAAAGUGAUCACAGGACCGAUUCCUAGGGGACACCGAGAUGAUGGUCAGAAGGUACAACGUCUAAUAAUCUUUGUUGCGUUCAUGAAUCUCUGUUUAUGAUGUUUACUGCAGACUAAUACUUCUGAUUCUUUCAUAACAUAUGAAACUGUUACAAUGUCGGGUAUUAAAUAAAUGAAGUUUUGCAUCGUU